AUGACGAUUUUAAUUCAGGACUAUAAACCUAGUGUCGCAGAUGCAGAUACAACAUUUACGCACUCAACAAGAGUAUCACGUUCAGUCACUAGAAUCUAUUUUGUUGUCGUUAUAAUCAGACAAACCCCGUACUCAUCAUUAAUAAACAUAUUUUUUUGGGAUAAUAGAUCAAAUAAAAUGUCAGGGUAUCAAGAUGAUAUUGAUGAUAAAGAACAAGGAAACAUUCAAUCAUCAGCUUCUGUGCUUUCAGAUAUAAGUAUAUUAAAUAUAGCUAAAGCAUUAACUGAAAAUGAUAUGAGAGUAUUUUUAUUAUUAAAUAUACCAUUAACAACAUGUAUUAAUAAUUAUGAAGAAAUGCGUACAUUUAAUCAACGUGAAGCAGCAUUUAGUCAAAAAACAUUAAUGUAUUGGAAAAAAUUACGUGAAACAGUUAAAGAUGAUGUAAAAAUAGCUGAAUUAGAAUAUGCUUUAAGACAAUCUGAUCAUAAAGAAUUAGCUGAUAUAUUGGUUGAAAGAAAUCGUAUGAAUUUAGAAAUUACACGAGAUUUAUUACAGAAAUAAACUGUUCUAAGAAGGUUUUCUUUUAAUGCUGAUAUAAAUAUAUAUAUAUAAAUUACAACUAUAUCGGUGUUUCCUUCCAUUCCAUAAUACUCA